AUGGUCAGACCUUCGCCCCAGCUCUGUGCCCGCCUCCGGUUCACCACCAAAGAUGUCGCUCGCGGAUUCUAUCGAGGAAACCGAACUGGAUCCAUGGGUUCGCACACCGAGUUCGGUGGCUAUGUUGUCGACUGGCGGAAAACACCAUAUUUCAAUGCACCCGACACCCAGGGCUUUUCGCUCACGCCGUUCGUGACCUUGGAGAUGGAACGUACGACUCGAGUCCAGGAGCGUUCCGAUGGCACCUCAUACACGCCGGACAAAGUGGACGGACGUGAAUUCUUGAGACAAUGGGCUAGGCUCAACCCGCUCGAGUACGACGAAACCGUGGACCACCAAAGAGCGGACAGCGAGCGCAAAGCGGAAUGGGGUGCCAUACCGGAAGAACAGAGGGCUCGUUUAGAAGCGGAAAGAGAAGAGCAAAGACGUCAAGAGAUCGCCGCAGAAGAGGCACGACAGUUGGAAAUUGUGAUGGAGAACAAGGAACGACGAAGAGCCCAAGAGGAGGAGAGGAGGCAGCUGCAAGCUGAAUCCGAAAGGGAAAGACAACUACGAGCCCAAGAAGAGCAGCAACGUCUACAAGCUGGCGAAGAGAAGAGAAAACCACAGGCGGCUGACCAGAGGCUGCGGACAGAGCUGCAACGGAUACGCGAAUCGGCGCGGCAGGAGGCAGAGCAGUCCUUGACAGAAGAAGGGCGUCGACGGAAACGUGAAGGCUUGCCACCAAUGACCAAAGCCCAGAAGAAGAUGAGCCGGGCGCAGUUGUUCGUCACAACGCUGCAACAGGCUGGCUUAGAUGUUGAGCUUCGGUCACGGCCCGCGGAGGAACAACAUCAGCUCUUGUCGAAAGAGGAGGUUGAGGCCCUAGACAAACUCGUGGAAUCGUCUCCCAGACAAAAACCCCAGAAAUUGGAGCUCUGA